UCCGGCCUCGUCAGACGCCUCCCGACCGGGUCCCACGCAACAUGGAGCUCCCCGCCUUCAUCCUCAGCGCCGCGCUGGUGUCCGCCGCCGUCCUGCUGGCCCCCAUCGCGCAAGGCCAGCAGCAGUACGCGCCCCCCGUGAGCGAGAUCUGCCUGGGCUGCAUCUGCGAGGCCGUGUCCAACUGCAACCAGUCCCUGAGCUGCACCGGGGACGUCUGCGGCGUGUUCAGGAUCACCUGGCCCUACUGGGCCGACGCGGGCAAGCCCACCCUGGCCCAGGACAGGCCCGAGGACGAGGGAGCGUACGCGCGCUGUGCCAACGAACCCUACUGUGCCGCCCGCGCCGUCCAGGGCUACAUGGCCAAAUACGCCCAGGACUGCAACGGCGACAGCACGGUCGACUGCUACGACUACGCCGCGCUGCAUCGGCUUGGCGGCUACGGCUGCCGCGCCAACCUGGACCAGGCGUUCCGGGACAAGUUCCACAACUGCAUGGUGCAGGUGUCCAAACUCAACGGCGGCCAGGUCAACUAGGGUCAACCAGGGUCAACCAGGGUCAAUCGGGGUCAACCGGGGUCAACCGGGGUCAACCAGGGUCAACCAAGGCCAAACAGGGUUCGCUCGAAGUGCUCGCCCCGCCGCUCCGUCCGCGGGGUGCGCUCGGAGCGGCCAACAGAAAUGUUGACUCGCUUUAUUUAUUGAAGAAAAAACAGCAGGCAGGCCGCGUUUGUCGGACAAGUUGCGCAGAUAAAACGUCGAAAGGUAAUACGUCAAAAGGCCGAGUGCUGGCCUCGCGGACAAGAGGAAGACCAUUGUACACCGUCGCAGACUCUAGACCAUAGAGGAAGGAAUGACUUUGCUCCAUGAAACUGCCCAACAAGACAGCAACCAUCGAACUUUUUCUACGACUUCUCAACUUGAAAUAAAUCAAUCCAAAAACAAUAUUUUAAUUUAUUUUAAAA